AUGGUUUGUGGACAAGUGCCCAGGUGCCGCAGGCUUUGUCGCCCUCGUCCCUUCCUUCUGGCCUUAGUGGUGGCCAUCUGCCUGUUCUGCCAGACCCUGACUCCCCUCAUGACCAGCAGCAUCCUUUCAGCAGUCGUUCACGGGAUUGCACCCAGCAAACUGGCUAAAACGCAGCAAGGAAGAUACAAGGAGGUCUCCCCAAGCAACACACACUGCUUCCUCCCUGGUAGUAAUUCACAGGCAGUGAAAAAGAUCGAGGACUCCAUUCUCCAGCACUUUGGUGCUCGUACGAGAAGAGCAGUUCUGUACGCGCCGUCUGCCCACCGCGAGACCGACCGUCAGCUCUGCCAGCGCAUCCUGGCAAAACAUGGAUAUACAGUCACAGUCCUUGAAAACAGGAGACUGGUGGAAGAUCCCAGACAUGAAAGUCCUUACCACAGUGCUAUAGGCCCUUGGGAUCUUUUGAUCUGCUUAUUAUCCAGAAAAAAUGAUGGUACUGGCUGCAUUCAAACAGAAGACUUGAAUCAUCUAGAAUUAUUCCAGAAGGUAAACUUACUUCCAGAAAUCCAGCAUUUCCUUUGCAGAGGAGAGGGAUUAUGCCAGAUAAUGAAAGUCUUUUCAGACCUUCAGCUCCCACUUGUUUCCCUGGAGUGCUCCGGCCAUCCUGGGCUGUCAAGGGCCAGAGCUGCAAGCAACGUGUCCCAGGGCAGCGAAAGCCCUGGCAAGAGACGUCCUGCCCACCUGCGGCACUGGUGGAAGGAGAGCACAAGCACACAGAUGAAUCGGGUACCAGCUUCACCAGGCCACAAGGACAGCCUUAAAGCUCAAGACCUUUCUGUCAUCAUCAAAGCAUAUGUGCUUGUGACAUCCUUAACACCUCUGCGGGCAUUCAUUUAUUCAAAAACCACUGUCUGGCAUCCACCCAAGAAGAAGUACUUUUCUGUAAAGCUGCAAAAGUUUUUUGAGAUAUUCUUCAAAAACAGUUCUCCCCAACAAGCCUUCAACAACAUGAAGGAAGCUAUAAACAAACUUCUACUUAUAACUGAGGUCUUCAGUGAAUCAUCUGCCUCAGGACCAAUUUCUUUCAAUCAAUGCAGCCAAUGUUUCCAGAUGCUAACUUUUGACAUUGGAUUCGGCACGUCCAUGUACCCAGUAGUUCUUGAGGUGCAUGAGAACUUUGACUUUCAAGAUGAGGAUGAAUUGAGUAUUCAGGACCAAGCCUUCAAAGAAUUGCUUUUUGAAGAUACUUUUAAAUUUCUCUUAUCUAAUGAAUCCUCAACAUCCAGUUUAAUAGAAAUUUUACAAAAAAUAUAUGGAUCAGCUAUGAACAAGGAUGUGACUUACCACACAGAAGUUGAACAAUGUCUGUCUUUAGAAGAGAUAAAUUCUAUGAUUACUUUCAUAAAGGAGCUGAAGAAUAUUGGACAAUUUGAGCUGCUUUUCCCUUCCUCUGCACCCAAGACUCAAACUUUACUGCAGGAUUUGUAUCACAUAGUAGACCCAAUGAGGCAGCUUGGUUCCGUCCUGACUCUGCAUUGGCUGCUUUCCCGUUUACUUGAACAAUUCCAGCUCAUGACUAAAGAGGCACACACAAACCUUUCAGAAUGGAGGAGCAAGAAGAACUCUAGAAUCUCAUCUCAAACUAUAAUGAAAUGGUUACAACCUAGGAAUUCUUCUCAAGAAAAUGUGAAUCCUAAGCAGAAUGUUCUUUCUGAUUUCAAGAAGAAUCAUGAAGCAUUGCAUUAUUCCAGCAAGCCUAAAGAAAGACAAUGCAGUUAUGAUAAAGAUACCCUGUCUCAUAUCAGGCAGAUCUUCACCAGUCCACAGCUGGAAUUGAAGCCUCAGUUUAACCCAAAGAUCAAAGAAUACUACGCAGAAGUCCCGUUUGACAUGGUAACAGUGAAGAUAGGAGCAGAACCCUCUAACUGUCAAUGCCAAGUACAUCUUGACGAGAAGAAAGGGCCAAGCAUUGCUAACUACCCCCUUGGACUUGGAUUGAACAAGGUCAUCAUUCUCAUAACAGAUGACUCCCAGCCGAGCCCUCAGGUUGUGAGCAGCUACAAAAUCACAAUUUAUCGAGAGGACCGCCCUAGUUUGCCUCUGUUUGACGACUAUAUGAUGUGUGGGUUUGUGCAG